UGAGACGCUCAGAAGAGGGUGUACGUUGAGUCAAGUAAGAUUCAGACUUCAUUUCAGAAUAAGAAACCACAAGCCACUCACAGCGUCAAUCAAGAAUCACAUACCUGGCCAAUCAAGAGUUUCUUACGAGUUUUCACGAUAUGUUGGUCUUCCAGGGGUCAGCGGUGGGCAGGGCAUGCGUGUGGCUCCUCCUCCUGGCUGGACUGGUCUGUCCUAAUCAUCAGGUGGCAGGGUAUUUCUACAAGAUUCGCUCAGGAACUCAGAAGGAGUUUGAGCUUAUCAAUUGUAAACAGUUUAACAAGACAUACUACACUGAGCUCUCCCGCGUUUGUGACGACUGCCAAAACAUAUACCGCAAGUACUAUAAUGUCGGGGUUGACUGCAAAAAAGACUGCUUCGACAACGAAUGGUUCCCAAAAUGUGUGACAUAUAUUGAACAUGAUCAUCUUUUGGAGGAGUACAAGAAAAUGAAAGAGUAUCUCAAUCUCAGAGACCUAUAAACUUUUAACAAAAGGAAGGAAGCUGUUUUGGUAACCAAGCUGUUCAAUUUCUUCAAAUGCUAGUGAAUACAAUACUCAUUUUCAGUGCUUGAGGGAUGAGGUCUUAUGGGAUCUUUUAUUCAUUACAUCUGUUUUGUGAGCAUAUUUUAAAAUAAACUGCAGUUGUACUGUAUUUUUAUGGGUAGUCUUCAGACCAAGUCAACUUACAUUAUUGAAUUGUAAAGUUAAGUAAAAACCAAUGAGACAGUUGUAUUAUUUAUGUUUUUCAUGAUGAAACAGAAUUACAUAACAAAUUCAAAAGAUUAACUUGAAUAAGUUCAUUGACUAGAUAUGACUUAUUGUUGCUAAAAUCUGAAUUACACAAGUGUGUUCAGAGGAGAACCAUCUCAUAUUCGUGUUGGACUAAACCCACAGUAUCAUACAAUAACAAAGCCUAUUUCUUAAAUUAUCUAAAAACUUGGAGAUAAAAUGUGACAUCUUUUAAUUAUAGAAACUUUUAUGCAAGAAUACAAUGUAAUGAGAGUGAAAGACUGUACAGUACUGUAUUAUUAUACAGUACUGUACUGUAGUAAUAAAUGCUGUACCUGUAUUUUCUAACAUUAAUGUGAGUGACUAUACGGCUGAAGACUUUAUUCUAAAUACCGUAGUCUUACAAAAGGACGUUAUUCUACUGUGAAUCUUCAUAAAACUGAAUUUAUAUUAUUACGAACACCAAUUUCACUCAGCACAAUUGUUGACACAGGCUGUAGUCAUAACUCUUAUCCAAGAAAAUAUUUUAACCAGUGGUAUAUGAUGCUGCAUAUUUUAGGUUAAAGCUUAACUCACGAGGUGACAUUACAGGGAGUAACAUAAAUUUACCGUAGUUUCAAACUCACUUCUUUAACCAGGGUAUUAAUAUAAAUUUUGUUGAGAAUGGUUUUAAGAAUUAUGUAAAUUUUUUGUUUUUAUAUCUAACAUGUGAGAACUUCGUCCUCUAAUUAUUGUAUGCAAGUUUACCCUAGUCACAUCAGGUAUUUUUAUCAAAUAAACACUAUGAUGCAUAUACUGUAUUAAAAGUUCAUUCACAUCUCAAGAACAUGGCAUGGCAUAAUGUUCAGUGUAUAAAUACUGUAUCCACCUUCCCUUCAAAUGAAUUAUGUAAAACAUUUGCAACAGACUUGUGUUAUUAUAUACAUUAUUAAUGUAAUAAUGCACUGUAAGA